GCCAACACGGGUGGCUCCCAGCUUAUUUAUUUCCCGGCCUCUCCACGCCUUUCUCCCCACGUCUCGCCGGCCAGCGGCCUCCGGCCCACGGGGGUCGACAGCGGCCCUGGAGCCCCCAGCCCCAACCCACAGAGCUUGCCUCCCCCAUGCAUUAUUGAUCAUAUUUUAUAAAUCCAACGCCACACAAUUUUUUCCACAUUACCGGAGCCGUGGGGAGGCGGCCCGGCCAUUGGCGGAGGGGACGUCACGUGGGCGGGGUCACGUGGCCCGGGGAGGAAAAAGGGGGUCCUUUUUGGUGUAAAUCUGGACUCUAAUUCUGUAAUAUAUCAAGGAAUCUCGUAAAACCGACACUAAAACGUCCCUGCCUACAAAUCAUCCGGCCAAAUUAUGAGUUCAUUGUAUUAUGCGAACGCUUUAUUUUCUAAAUAUCCAGCCGCAAGUUCGGUUUUCGCCACCGGAGCCUUCCCCGAACAAACUUCUUGCGCGUUUGCUUCCAACCCCCCGCGCCCGGGCUAUGGAGCGGGGUCGGGCGCCUCCUUUGCCGCCUCGGUGCCGGGCUUGUACCCCGGCGGGGGGGGCAUGGCGGGCCAGGGUGCCGCCGGCGUCUACGCGGCAGGCUACGGGCUCGAGCCGGGCUCCUUCAACAUGCACUGCGCGCCCUUUGAGCAGAGCCUCUCCGGGGUGUGUCCCGGGGACCCCGCCAAGGCGGCGGGCGCCAAGGAGCCGAGGGACGCGGACUUGGCGGCCGAGAGUAACUUCCGGAUCUACCCCUGGAUGCGCAGCUCAGGGACCGACCGCAAGCGAGGCCGCCAGACCUACACGCGCUACCAGACCCUGGAGCUGGAGAAGGAGUUCCACUACAACCGCUACCUGACGCGGCGGCGGCGCAUCGAGAUCGCGCACGCGCUCUGCCUCACGGAAAGACAGAUCAAGAUCUGGUUCCAGAACCGCCGCAUGAAGUGGAAAAAGGAGAACAAGACGGCGGGCCCCGGAGCCACUGACCAGGACAGGGCUGAGGCUGAGGAGGACGAGGAAGAGUGAGGGAUGGAGAACGGGUGGAGGAAGAGAGAGAUGAGGAGGGGAGAGAGGGAGAAGCCCAGCUUUGGGGACCGAACCAGGAAACUCAGAUCAAAUAGGGGAGGAAACCCUAUUUAAAUGGAAAGCAGUUAAAAAAAAUUGUGUAAGGAGAGAAGGUGAAAUUUUGGUUUCUUAACACUGAAAACAAAAACUACCUAUAGAAAAGUCCGCCGGGUUUGUUUUGUACAGUACGGGAAGGACGUCACCUACCUGUUCUAUAGCUUUCUGGAAUUUGCCUCCCCUUUUUCUAUGUCGCUAACUGUGAGGUCUUUGUAAAAUGUUGCUGUUUUGUAAGCUCCCUUCUUUGACACUGUCUUUUGUGGUCUGUGGGUCUGGACUAACGUGUUGUUCCCCCGCCCCCAUGAGCCCACCUUCCCAGUAGAGGCACUGAAGGGGCCUUAGGGAGCCCCAAGGACCCACCGACUAGCUCCAUUGUCCUCUGUGCACCUGCCCUGCCCGACGCUCCCUGCUCCCGCCUGCCCUGUGAUUCUCUUUACAUUCUGUGUGUAUCUGAAGAAAGGAGAAAUAAAACACAAUUU